CUCUUCCGCUGGUCCCGCGCCGAGCAUCGCCCUCGCUCCGUCCGCAGCCGCUUGUCUCCCACCACCGCAGCCAUGGCAAACAAAGGCCCAGCCUAUGGCAUGAGCAGGGAUGUGCAGUCCAAGAUCGAGAAGAAGUACGACGACGAGCUGGAGGACCGGCUGGUGGAGUGGAUCGUGGCGCAGUGCGGGUCCUCCGUGGGUCGCCCCGAGCGGGGCCGCCUGGGCUUCCAGGUCUGGCUGAAGAAUGGCAUCGUGCUCAGCAGGCUGGUGAACAGCCUCUACCCCGACGGCUCCAAGCCCGUCAAGAUCCCCGACGCGCCGCCCACCAUGGUCUUCAAGCAGAUGGAGCAGAUCGCCCAGUUCCUGAAGGCGGCCGAGGACUAUGGUGUGACCAAGACAGACAUGUUCCAGACCGUCGACCUCUUUGAAGCCAAGGACAUGGCGGCGGUGCAGAGGACGCUGAUGGCCCUGGGGAGCCUGGCAAUCACCAAGAACGAUGGGCACUACCACGGGGACCCCAACUGGUUCAUGAAGAAGGCGCAGGAGCACAAGCGGGAGUUCACCGAGAGCCAGCUGAAGGAGGGCAAGAACAUCAUCGGGCUACAGAUGGGGACCAACAAGGGAGCGUCACAGGCGGGGAUGAGCUACGGCCGGCCCCGGCAGAUCAUCAGCUAGGCACCCCCCCGCCGCCCCCAGCCCUCCCCAGCCGGGACCUCCGUCUCCGCUUCCCCCCGGCCCAGCGCCGCAGCCGCCCGAGCGUCGGCGGCCGCCACCAGCCCCGCACCGAUUGGUAUUUAUUGAGGAGCAAACGCCCCCAAACGCCAGCCAACAACGCCCCAACGCCAGCGGCCGCACGCGCCUCGCUGAGCCCCCCGCCCCGGGGCCG